CAUGCAAGGACUCCGAUAAAUAGGAGGUUCCUGCUCUGCAUCGGCACAUUCUCUUGAGGACUUUAAGCAGAACUGACGACCACAGCGGAACCAUGGAGACUUACACUUCUAACGGAUUUACCUCUCUUUUCCCUGGAAACAACAAUGUCACCCAACAACAGUCCCGUCUGUGGAGACCGUGGACUGGGAAAGAGGAGAAAACGGACGCGCACACGAUUCACUCGGUGCAUGGAGACGUUUGUGAUGCAAAGAGCUCCAAAACUCCACAGAUCUCACACCCAGUCAAGCUGUAUUGGCCAAAGUCGAAAUGCUUCGACUACCUGUACCAAGACGCAGAGAUGCUGCUGCGCAACUACCCGGUCCAAGCGACAAUCUGUCCCUAUGAGGACUCCAGCAGCGACGAAGACAGCGAUGAAGAUGACGAUUACGAUGAGGAGGAGAUGGACAAGGAGCUGAACUGAACUCU